UCAGAACCUUGCUCCGCUGUUGAACCAAUAUUCAUACUGUGCCAUCAGAACUCUAAAUUGACUGACUGGGAUUUGGCAUUAUUUUAACAUGGCAAUUUUGUUCUUUUUUCUCUUCUCGUACUGAAAUUUCUGCAGUUUAUUUUAGAGAUUUCCGCUUUCUUGCAAAUCAGACUCGGCGCGCUUAUAUUCAAAAGUUCAGCUCCUCUCCUUGAUAUUUUGUGUAGCAGUUAUGCGCCCUAUUUUUGCUGCUGCCCUUUUGCUGAUUAAAAAUCAGACCCUUUACUGCCGUAAAACACAGAGAUAUAGGCUUGAGGGGGAAAAUAGCUCUCCAUUUUUGCAGUGCGCGUAACGUGGUGUUUGAUAUGUUGGUGGUGUUGAUUAUAUUUUGCAGUUUUUUUUACUACCUGCCUUUAACUUUGUUUAUAGUCAGUGCAACAAGUUUAUUCUGAUUGGUUGGAUUUCAAAUUAAAUCUCCCGCUCUCUUCCUCUCUCCUGGGUAAAAGAAAGAGGGGACGAGAAAGAUAGGUGUUGGUAAUUAGUUAUUAUUGACCUCUGCUGAAUUGACCCGAGCGAGAACCGAAGACAGAUAGACUUGAGGGACUUUAUUCCAUCUCACGCUCCAACAUUUUAUCAACGCGAAAUUUACUUCGAGUCGAAGGUUAACAGAAAAGGAACCAUAAAAACUUCAGAGCAGUUACAUUUCGUUCAAGUUACUAUAGUGGUGUGCACAUCCGGCUGGGCCCAUGCAGAUCAAGAGAUUGACACUCGGAGGGACCACAAUUUUGACACUCGGAGGGACCACAGAAUAAAAAACACCACCUUGAAUUACGGCAACCAUUUUCUCAGUUGAUUCUGUUAAGUAGCGAGAAAUCAAAACCUGCGACCUGCAAAACCUGAUUAGUUGAUCUGUAUGACUUCGUCUGAGACGAUUGAUCGUGAGGGCCGCAAAACAUGGUCUGGACGAUUCGACUUCCUGAUGACGCUGGUAGGGUCCAGUGUUGGAACGGCCAAUUUGUGGAGAUUUCCUUACCUGUGUUACAAGAACGGGGGCGGCGUUUUCCUCAUUCCAUACUUUAUUGCUCUCCUCGGAAUCGGAAUUCCGAUAUUUUUGCUUCAAGUAGCGCUCGGUCAGUUUAUGUCACUUACUGGACCUAACGCAUGGAAUAUUUACCCUUUGGCCAAAGGGCUGGGGUUCAUUACUAUGGUCAUGACAGCUUACCUUGCAUUGUACUACGUUGUGGUAAUUGCAUGGGCUAUUUACUACAUCUACGCAGCUGUUGCGAAUUCUCCAAUGCCAUGGACUGUUUGCGAUGAGAGUUACGGUUCGAAAUGUUACGAUAGAUCGUUGAUUGCUAAGAAUGUGAGCUCCUUAGAUUCUUCGAUGAAAGAGCCAGCCGAACUGUUCUGGACAAAGGGGGCGUUGAACUUGUCUGAGAGUAUGGAGUCUAUUGGGACCAUACAACCUCACAUGGCUCUCAGUUUGCUUGUCGCCUGGAUUAUAGUCUACCUCUGCAUCAUCCGGGGCAUCAGAUGGACUGGAAAGAUAGUCUGGUUCACUGGUCUAUUCCCUUACGUCAUGUUACUUGUUUUAUUUAUUCGUGGAGUCACGUUACCGGGCGCGAGCAAGGGAAUCAUGUACUACUUGCAGCCCGACUUCUCGAAGCUGUUGGAGGGUCAAGUUUGGCUGGAUGCUGGAACCCAAAUUAUGUACUCCAUGUCCUUGGGCGAGGGAAACAUCAUAACUUUGGCCAGCUAUAACCACUUCCACGUCAACUCGCUGCGGGACGCCAUCAUUUUCUCGGCAGUGAAUUGUUUAACUAGCUUUUUCGGAGGUUUCUGCAUCUUUGCGACAUUGGGCUACAUGGCACAUGAGCGAGACAUUCCAAUUUCGGAGGUUUCGGACGGGGGUCCCGGUCUGACGUUUAUCGCUUACCCUACUGCUUUAUCUCUUAUUCCAUACGGAGCCAAAGUGUUUACAGUUUGCUUCUUCCUCAUGAUUCUAAUCCUCGGCAUGGACAGUCAAUUUGUGUUUCUCGAGGGACUUAGUUGCCAAAUUCUGGACACUUUUCCCCGACAUUUUAAUUUCCGCUUCGCGCGUGCAAUUUUGAUCUCUUGCCUGUGUACACUUUUCUAUUGCAUCGGUCUUAUUUUCACUACUAAUGCCGGCAUGUAUUACUUCCAAAUUUUCGAUUUUUACUCUGUCAGCGGCGCUGCUCUGCUUUUCCUCUGCUUCGGACAAUGCUUCACGAUUGCUUACCUCUACGGCGGUCGGCGAUUCCUCAACGACGUGGAGUCCAUGUUUCCAUUAGGAAUCGUGAGGCCAUACCUCAUGGUCUCGUGGUACAUUGCCACUCCAAUACUUUGUGUGGCCAUAGCCAUUCUCUACUGGGCCACUUACAAGCCCCUAACUUACGGCCAAUACACUUACCCUGGAUGGAGUGUUGCACUUGGAUGUUUACUCGCGGUGCCGACCAUCUUCGCAGUUCCACUGGCCGGAAUUCUAGAGUUGUUCAAACACCGGAAUCAGAUAGGCCAAGUCAAGAUAGCUGUUCUUAAGAAGCACCAAAUUCACCACAAAAGCGAGCAGCCCUACAGUAUUGCACAGGCGGAAGUCCACCAUAAAGAGAGUUCAAAUAUGUCGGAAAAAAUGCAUCAGGACUACAUGAUGAGUACGGACGAGAAUCCAGCGGUAGAAAUGGUCUCUAAAUGUUGAACGAAAAUUACAGAAACUAACCGGUUUAUUAUUCUGUAUCCCGUUUUAAUUAAGUCAGUCAUUGGAAUUUUGCAUUCUAAGUUUUUAGAUAUUUGCAAAAACUAACAAUUGAUUUUCAGUAUUGAAUGAUAAUAUUGUCAGCGUGACAGAAAAAAUAAAACAUUUAAAAUGGGGAGAGGAGAAAACAUGUUUAAGCAGCGUUUUAUACAGGUAACUCUUUGAGUAUGUUUUAUCAUUGUUUUCAUUAGAACAUUUUAGGGUUGAAUUCUAAAUCUGAAAAUUAAUUGACCAAUUUAAUAAGAAGCGGGGAAACUUCAAACAAAUGCAAACUUCAAAUGCUGCUUCGAAGAGUUUUUUUGACGCAUAGUAACGAUACUUUUGGUACAAUUUUUUGUGACGUUCAAAACAACUGAGCAUUGAAAAAUUCGAGAAAUGAGCAGAUUUGAUUAAUUGUUUUUUUUAGUAUUUUUUUAUUCGAACACUUUUUAACUUUUUUGAGGUUUUUUUUUCUAACGAAAACACCAAAUUGCCAACCCUGGAAGGUGCUGAUGGUCUCAUAAAGACAAUUUAGAAACGAAGCAGUUUAAUUAUUUGUUGCAGAAUUGAACUAUGUCUUUUUGCAUCGGCAAAACCAAUUUGUAUAGCAAGAGUUUUAAAAAAUU